CGGGCACCUUCCAGCUGCCUCGGAGGUGUGGCCGCAGUGGUGCUGCCCGCCCUACCUUACGCAAUCAGUAAUUCUGCCGGAGUCGAAUCCCCCACCAGACGAACCUCGGCAUUGCGCUCGCUUCCGCGUCUCGGCCGGCAGCUGUUAAUAAGUCGGGGGCCCUCGCAUCCCCGCGUCGCCGAGGCCAUCAACCGGUUUAUCCUGCUUCGCCAUCAAUUGGGGGAACCUUGUCUAUUCAUUCAUCAUCACUCCGUCCCUGCAGAAAUUCACCAUGUCUGGCCCCGGCGUCGGCUUCGAGUACCCGCGACAGGAGGUGUCCUGGCUGAAGCGCGAUGUGCUGCUGUUCGCCAAUAGCAUCGGCUGCAAGUCGGACGAGCUGCAUUUCCUCUAUGAGCUGCACCCCAACUUUUCCGUCUUUCCAACGUACCCUCUCGUCCUGACCUUCAAGGGCAAUACCCAGGAAGUCGUCGACUUCUACAAGGCACAAAAGGCCGUCAAAAUCCCCAGCGUUCCCGAGUUCGACUACCGCCGGGUCGUCGACGGCCAGCGCAAAAUCGAGUUCCUCAAGAAGCUCCCCCCUUCGUCCGAGGGCGCCAAGUUCGAGAACCGCACCAAGGUGCUCGGCGUUUACGACAAGGGCCGGCCGGGCUCCGUCCUCGACAUACAGACGGACCUGGUCAACGCCGCUACGGGCGAGGUGCACACGCGCGUCACGACGAGCAGCUUCUUUGUCGCCCAGGGCGGGUGGCACGGUCCCAAGGGCCCUGCCACCAAGAGCUACCCGCCGCCCAAGGAUCGUGAGCCUGACGCCGUGCUCGAGCACCAGACGACGACCGAGUCGGCUCUUCUGUACCGCCUCAACGGUGACUACAACCCGCUGCAUGCCACGCCCGAGCCCGGCCAGAAGAUGGGCUUCAAGGGCGCCAUUACCCACGGCCUGUACCAGUGGAACGUCACCUGCCACGACAUUCUGCGCCGCUUCGGUGGCUCCGACCCGGAGAACAUCAGGGAAUACCAGGCGCGCUUUGCCAGCCCCGUCAUGCCCGGCGACAAGCUCAUCACCCGCGUCUGGCGCACCGGCGAGAAGACAGGCGACUUCGAGGAGGUACGCUUCGCCACGCAAGUCGAGGGCGGCAAGGUGUGCCUGAGCAACGGCCGCGCCUUAGUUCGCGUCGUAAGCGAGCUCAAGAACAAGCUGUAAUUAGUAGUUGUCUCUAUAGCCAUGUGAAAUUCUAAGAAAUGAAUGAUGGGCG